UUCAAAUUGGAAUUGAAAAGUAAUAAGAGAGAACGAGAAAGAUCAUAAUAAGAAUAAGCCAACUUCACAUUCUCAUUAAUUCCACCUCUUUAUUCCUCUCCCUGGUGCUGUUAUUCACCCUCUCUAUUCCAAAAGAGAGACAUGAGCCUCUUUGGAUUAGGAAACAGAAACCAAAAAACUUUUAGGCCCAAAAAGAAUGCACCAUCAGGGAAUAAGGGGGCGCAGCUGAAAAAGCAUAUCGAUGCGACCUUGGGCAGCGGGAAUCUGAGGGAGGCCGUUCGUUUGCCGACCGGAGAGGAUCUCAACGAAUGGCUCGCCGUCAACACUGUUGACUUCUUCAAUCAAGUGAACAUUUUGCACGGCACUCUCAUGGAGUUCUGCACGCCAACGACCUGCCCCACGAUGUCUGCAGGGCCAAAGUUUGAAUACAGAUGGGCUGACGGAGUUCAGAUAAAGAAACCCAUAGAAGUUUCUGCGCCAAAGUAUGUCGAGUAUUUGAUGGAUUGGAUCGAAGCUCAGCUCGAUGAUGAAUCUCUAUUCCCUCAAAAACUCGGGACGCCUUUUCCUCCGAAUUUCGGAGAAGUUGUCAAAACGAUAUUUAAGCGUCUGUUUCGGGUGUACGCGCACAUCUAUCACUCUCAUUUCCAAAAGAUUGUGAGCCUCAAGGAGGAAGCCCAUCUCAAUACUUGCUUCAAGCACUUCACACUAUUCACAUGGGAGUUUCGCUUAAUCGACAAAGCAGAGCUCGCCCCUCUUAACGACCUGAUUGAGUCCAUAAUCCUUUCGUAUUGACUAAUCAGGAUCAGUUUACAAAAUCAGAAAAAAAAGAAAAAGAAAAAAAGAAAUGGAGAUGAUUGAUUUUUAUAGCUUGUUUUUUUCUUUUCCCCCAAUCCUUUUCACAUGAAACUUUACCAUCAAGAAGGUUCAUAUUCUCACAAGGAGUCUUUGUAUGCAUGGUACCCAAUUUAGUAGUUAUUCCAAAAAAAUGUAACACUUGCAUGUAGUGUGGACCUGCAUAUAGACACCAUCGUGUUAAUAAUUUUUUUGUUGUAUUAUUAUUUUUGUCGAACUUCAAAGUAUAUAUAUAUGUGUGUCGCGCACGCAGCUUUGAGAUU